UUUUUGUUAUUUUCGCGAAGUGGUGCGCCCCAAGCUGGAAUAUUGUUGAAGGAUGCCUCCAAAGAAUAAGCGCCAAAAUUUGCAAGCUGACGAUGAAGAAGAACAACCUCUUCAAGCCGUUAUUUUAACAGACAGCUAUGACGAGCGCUUUCUUCCCAUAUCCCAUGAAGUGCCACGGUGCUUGAUGCCUCUUUGCAAUAUUCCACUCAUCGAAUACACCUUGGAAAUGCUCGCGAUUUCAGACGUUCAGGACGUCUUUGUUGUGUGCACAUCGCAUAUCGACAAGAUCAAGUCUUAUCUGGAGAACUCGCCGUGGAUGAAAUCCAACUGCCCGCUUAAUGUUCAAAUUGUCCAGACGCCCGAAUGCAUGUCUGUCGGCGAUGCCAUUCGUGAAUUAGAUGCGAGACAACUGAUCACAACCGAUUUCAUUUUGACUUCGGGCGAUCUCAUUUCCAACAUGAAACUCGAUAAAGCGAUCGAAGCUCAUCGUGCACGUAAAAGAACAGAUAAAAACUCUAUAAUGACUAUGCUGUUGAAGGAAGCCUCUCCCACCCACAGCGCAAGAGCAAAAGACGAUUCCAGCAUAUUUGUGAUGGAUCCUCUGAGCGAUCGAUGCGUGCACUACGAAGCAGUCGAAGCUCUGCCACGAAAGCAUAGAAUUGAAAUGUCACCUGAAGUGUUUGAGCGUCGCACCCAGAUCGAAAUCCGUAACGAUCUCCUUGAUCCUCAAUUAGAUAUCUGUUCCGUGGAGGUCCCUGCUUUGUUUACCGAGAAUUUCGACUGGCAGCAUCUUCGCAAAGACUUUGUCCACGGUAUCCUCACUUCGGAUAUUCUGGGCAAAACUAUCUAUACACACGUUGUUUCUGAUCCUUAUAUUGCCCGCGUGCAGAAUGAGCAACUUUACAGUGUCAUCAGCAAACACAUUUUGAACCGAUGGGUAUUCCCAAUUGUCCCAGAGACCAAUUUGAAGGCGGGUGAUGAAUAUGAAUAUAUGCGUGGAAAUAUCUAUAAAAAUGCCGAGGUCGUGCUUUCAAGAUCAUGUAUCAUUGAUGAAAAUGUCCAAAUCGGCAAAAAUACGGUGAUUGGCGAGAACUCGCGUGUCGGCAAUUCCAUUAUUGGACGCAAUUGUUAUAUUGGCGACAAUGUGGUUCUGGAGGGUGCUUUUGUGUGGGACAAUGUCGUUAUUGGCAACAACUGUAAGAUCACCAAUUCGAUUUUGGCACAUCAAGUGACUGUCCUCGAAGGCACCACCAUCCAUGAUGGAUGUCUGGUUUCUGUUGGCACGAUCAUCGGUCGACAGCAAACAAUUCCUAAAUACUCCAAGCUCAGCUUAUUACCUCAGCCCAAGACCAGCAUGUUUGCCGAUGAUAGCGAUGAAGAAAAUGAAGGCGAAGAAGAUCAAGAGCACGUGUUGACUGGAGAUCACGAGCCUGUCUACUUCUGGAGUGCUCGUAGCAAUGACGACGAUGACACUGAUAUCCGAAAUGUGUACCUUGGAUCUUUAGCCUAUGAUAUGGCCGAUCUUGAAAUUGCGGAUCAUGAACUGUCUGACAGUGCUUCCGAAGUGGGUGCUGAAUCCGAUGAUGAAUCUGAUCUAGGGUCUAUCACUGGCGCCUUUAAUCUCGGCGGUGCUGGCACCAAUUCGGCCAAACGUUCCGAAGAGUUCAAGAAGGAAAUUGCUCAGACGAUUGAGCGUUCACUGGAAGAAAAUCACAGCGUGGAUACAGCUGCGUUGGAAAUCACGGGUCUACGCAUGUCCAGCAAUGGCACUUACACUGAAGUUCGCGAAGUACUGAUCCCCAUUCUGAUUGACCGGAUUGAUCUGGCCAGUCCGGUGCCUAGCAUGAAAAAAGUCUUUACCAAAUGGGGUGAUUUGGUUACCAAAGUAACUCACAGUCAGGACGACCAAGUGCACGUUCUGGAGAUGAUUCAGAAACAUUGUGCAUCACAAUCUGCAUUAGGUAAAUUAUUCCUUGGCACCUUGCAGCUUUUGUACAAUAUGGAUAUCAUUGAGGAAGAUGCCAUCAUGCAGUGGUAUGACAGCGAAGCGUCUCAGAACGGCUCAGCAGCAGAGAUCGCUUUACGGGAGAAGGCAACCAAGUUCAUUGACUGGCUUAAUGAAGCAGAGGAGGAGGAUAGUGAUGAUGAAUAGUUUUAUAUACACAUACACAGACAUAAAAAUCAUCUUUUUUUUUUU